GAGGUUUUGAGGUUGCUUUUUUCGUAUCGCGUUUGUAUCGACAAUCGGUAUUCAUUCAUUCUGGUACUUGACGUCGCGCUGUUCGGUUGUCGAGUCUGUCGCUUCCAUGUUAAGUGUGGAAUGUGAAAUUUUAUGGAAUUGAUGGCUGCAAGCUCAAUUAGCAGAAUAGCAUGACGCAUGAAGUUCAUUUUAUACAAGAGAACAAAUCAUGACAAUAUGGUGGCCCGUAUUUCAAGCACCUCCGGGCGAUCGGUGGAGACGGAGAGAGGAAAUUCUGAAGACUGUGCUGCUUUUGUUGGCAAUGAUCACCAUCGUGAAUGUCAUAGGAUGUAGGGGAUGCAUUCAUGAUAUUCUAAAGCCAACUAGAGGAACAAGUCCACAAAAAUAUAAUGUGGAUUUAUUGUCAAUAUUAAGAAGUAAGCUCGGAAAAAAACUUAUUACGACUCCAUUUCCCCGCCGACGAGUUGGUCCAACCACUAAUCCCAGAUAUCGAGCGGGACCGGGAUAUAAUAAUGGAAGGAUGAAUACAAAAAGGCCUAAACGAUAUGUUGAAGAUUCCACAAAAAGUGGCAAAAACUUGACAAGUCGUCUUAGGCCUAAUUCAAGACCAAAUUUGCAAGGCAGAAGAAUAUCUGCCGUAACAAGCAUCUCAAACUCAUCGUACCGAUCAAGAGUGGACUUUAAGAAACUUUUUAAGCCGAUUCGCAUAAAACUCUAUUUUGAUAACAAACACAUUCAGUAUAAAAAUACGAGUCAUGAAUACGCAAGACUCAACAACAGUUUGCAUCGAGCUGUUUCCACAAUUGAAAAAAUUCUUUCAGUUAUUCCUGUGGAAGGCCCAUUGCUAUUCAAAAGAACUGUAGAAAAAAUUUGUGGGAGUUUCUGGAGUGAACCAUCUUCAUCUCCUGAUUCAAAGAGAGAAAAGAGAUGUGCGUUAGCAAGUUCAUCCUACGAUGGAGAAAAAUGUUUAAAUGAAUUUAAGAUUCCGGAAGAUCAUUUACAAGGAUAUCCAAUUUACACAAACAACACGGACAAACCAACACAUAUGUUAUAUGAAGAUGGUUCAGGAUUGCCAAAUACAGACACUGUGAUUUACGUCCAUGCGGAAAAAAAUAAUUUGUGCAAUGAUAAGGGUGUUAUAGCUUAUGCUACAUAUUGUCAGUUGGAUCAAUACAACAGGCCGAUCGCUGGUUUUGCUAAUUUUUGUCCGAAACAUUUAGAAGAUGUUUUAUAUGAUGAAGAUGUUCUUUACUUGACAUCGCUACAUGAAUUUUUUCAUGCUCUUGGAUUUUCAAAAGAUCUUUUUGAUAAAUUUCAAGAAUGUGGGCCAAAGAAGGUCGAUGAGAAAAAGGAUGGUGAUAAUGAUGGUAAAGACAAAAACACAAACAAAACUUCAUCAAUAGAAUGGUUUUGCGAAGAUAGAAGAAAAAUUGUUAGUUAUAUCGAUAACAGAAAACAUAUUGUGACACCAGCUGUCACUAGAGAAACACAGAAACACCUCAAUUGUUCAACGAAAAGAGGAUGUCCACUCGAAAAUCAUGUGGUGCCUCCUCUCAGAACAUCAUCUCACUGGGAAGCUAGAUUUAUGCAAGGAUCGUUAAUGGCACCAACCAUUGGAUUGCCUCAUCUAACUGUCAUUGAUCGUAUAACUCUUGGUGCAUUCGAAGACAUGGGUUGGUAUCAAGUUGAUUAUAAACAAGCUGAAGAUUUACAGUGGGGUAAAAAUGCAGGUUGUAACUUCGCUACUGGGUUAUCUUGCUUCAAUGCUUCAUCUCCAUUCUUCUGCAGACGUACUUCAUACAGUCGUCAAACUGGAUGUCAUUUUCUUCAUCUGGACAAAGGAAAUUGCGAAACUAAUGAAUAUUUAGAAAGUUGUAGAACAUUCAAAGCUCAUCCUGGCAUGGAAUGUUGGAAAAAUAAAAACGAAACAAGAUUAACUGACUGGAAAGGAGAAAUAUAUUCACGAGAAAGCAGAUGCUUCAUGUCAGACCUGGUGUUCAAUAAAGCCAAGUAUCAACCAGCGAGAUCAUUACGGCAACCAGAAGGUCGAUGUUUUCGACACAGAUGCAAUGAUACAAAUACUCUUGAAGUUCAAGUCACUGGAGCUGAAUGGAAAAUCUGUCCAGAAGGAUCUUACAUCGAAUUUGAAAAUUAUGCAGGUAGACUGCACUGUCCUUCAACAUCUCUUCUAUGUGGUUACAAUUUUGAAACAACUACAGCAGCCUCUGUCCAUCCAACAAGUGGUUCACCAAAAGUUGAUCCAUAUUGUGCAAAAAUAACAAUUUCAUUUCCAUCACUCGCACAACUUCAUGUUCAAAUGAGAAAUCGUGAGAAACAAUCGGAAACCGCAAGACAAGCUCAAAAUAAACUGGAUAUUUUUAUCGCGAAAUUUGUUAACGAAAUUGUUGCUGCAACAGAUAUUGACCAAACACGAGUUGUGGAAAUCAAAUUUGUGAGCAUCACUGCCGUGCAAUUCACUCUUCUUAAAAACAUUGAUUGGACCACAUUUACACCCAAGGAUUCAAAAUCUUCUUUAUCACCAAAAGACUAUAAUUCAGGAGUAAAUCAAAGUGGCACGACACAGCCAGUGGCGUAUAAUUACAAAGAGGUUUCAUGCAAAGAAGCAAUCAAGAGGCUUCUAGUUUCUGUGUCUGAAGGCAAUUUUAAAGUUCCUGUUGAUGGCAAGGUGUAUAAAGCAAAUAAUAUAACUGUUACAGACAGUGCCAGUAACCUACAUGCUGGUAUUAAAAUACCCACUGAAAAACCUCCAAGGACAGGAAUGUUGGCAGCUGUGGCAGUUGGAUCAGUGUGUGGUGCAAUGUUACUUGCUGUCGGGGUAAUGAUAUACUGGAAAAGCCAGAUUACGACUGCCGUAUCACCUGCACCUCCAUCUCCCACCUCAACUGAUGUCAGAUACCAUCCUAAUAAUGGAUCCACAGUAUUGCCUUCCGAGAAUGGUAGCAUGGGACAACUUACUUUUGUUGCCUGAAAAUUGGGAAACUAUUAUUUAUCAUUUUCUGUUUCAAUCCUGACAAUCAUUUUCCAUUUCAAUUGAUUUCACUUCCAACUACAAUAGGCCUAGUUUCUCUAAAAACUGUUUGCUUUUUUGUGUAUUACGAUGGUUUUCAAUCCAUUACACUGCUCAUUUUUAGAUGCAAUUUUGUCUUUUGCUCUUUAUUUAACAAUCACUGUGCAAUAUACGUAUUUUUCUUUUAAAAUAUUAGUUUUCUAUUUGCCAUUUAACUCAGUUUUCACACUACUUACUCUCAGUGUCUUACCUCUCAAAAUGUUCUCUAUAUUAUGAUAUCAGAGAGAUUCUGGUUUUUUAUUUUGGAUCUAAAAUCUCCAAGGUAAAUAGUUUCUAUUCGGUGCAGUUGGUACAUGUGUUUUUAUAUUAUUCUGAAAUCAAUGGGUGCUAUCUGCUUUUUAUUAAUGAAUAGGGUUAUGUCUUUUUCUUUGUUUUUGACAUGGCUCACCCAUGUGUAUUGAGCUUAAUAUUACUUUAGAUGAUAUGCAUGCUUUUUCUUAUUGCAUUAUUUAUUAUGAAUUUCAUCCCAAUCAUCAACUUAUAGAGGUGCUUUAUUGCUUUAGCUUUCAAUAAAUCCUGAAUUAUUGCUGUUUGAGACCUGA